UUUUUUCACUCUAAGCUUAUACACAAGCAGCCUAUACUGGUUCGGUAUAUACUGCAACUUCAGGAAUACCACAAGUGUAGACUUAUGGCGGCAUCGAACUUUUAUGUGUCCCUGCCCGUAGAUCCAUCUGACCUUUGUUUGAAAGGAUUUGCCCAAACCAAAGAAGCCACUUUUGAAGAAGCAGACAUGAAUACAUUGAGUGCCGAUAACGGUCUCGCUGAUGGUACUCAGCGUAAUGGCGUGGAGAACGAUUUCCAACCAAUUGACAGAGUCGAGUCAACGACAAAUAAAAAAAUAGCUCCGACAUCUGCUGCGUAUGAGUACUCAAGAGAAAGCAUGCUUUUAAUGUAUAGAAAAGAUUUUACUUUGACAGAUGAUUUUGAACACCAGCAGUCCAUUACUACUGAAGAAUCAUUGUUGCCAGUGGCGUUUGUAACUCCGAGUGAUGUUCCUAAUGACCGGUACCACCACGGCUCGACGUACAGGGAUUCGCACCACACUGCCGCUAGAGAGGGUGGGAGAGGAGAAUUCAAAAGGUUUAAUCGGCCUUUCAAGGCCGCAGCGGAGGGGAAGGGCUGGAGUGCAGGCGGGCCGAGAGUGCCCGUUGCGGUGGAUGGAGGAGUCAAUGAACAGACGGCUAGGAAAAAACACGGCAAGCAGCAGCAGGUAGGAGCAGACGGUCAUUUGUACGCUGAAAGUACGGGGGCAAAAUGGGGGAGAGGACCGUUAUCAUCCAGAGGUGGCACGGGGGAACACAGAUGGAUAGUUGGAGACAUGUGGAAAGGGCAACAUGAAAAUUUAGAGGCUGGAAACGAGGAUUCGAGAUCAGGCGACGUGAAAUCUCUACGUCCGCACAAACAUCCUACGAACAAUCGUUCGUCUAUAUUUGAGUUGGAGAAUAGUCGUCGAACCAAGGCGGGGAGAGGUGGCGAAUCUGUACAUCGAGAAUACAAUCAAGGCGCCAGGAAGAAUUUACCUCCGCUGCAAUAUCACUUGCCCCUCGCGCAGGAUCCUGGGACGAAUUUUUCAAGACAUGCGGAGGAGAGGGGCGCCGAGGUGUUGGAUUCAUCUAAGCCGGGGACGCCAAGUCAGACAAAGAGUGGAAAUCAGUGGUACUACUUGGACAUGAAAAAGACGGUACAAGGUCCGUGGUGCGAUGUCAAGAUGAACGAGUGGCUUCCAUACUUCCAGUAUUCGUUGCUGGUGUCUAGAUCGCCAAACGGCCCGUGGACACCGAUUGGUCAGCUGUUUAUCGAGAUGGGAAAGAACCCGUUUACAGAUUGCCCUAUUGAGACGUAUCUUAAAGAGGGAGAAGACUCAGAGCUGAAAUUUCAGGUUCAUCAAGAAUAUCAAAAUUUAACUGGAAAGUCAGUAAUUUCAUCGUCUCCGAGAAGCGUGAUGCAAAUGCCGUCUAUCAAGUCAGCAGAUGAAGAGGCGCACGAAAAGAGAAAGUACGUGCCAGCCGACAGCGCGAUGGGAGAGACACUAAAGGUUGAGGAGCUUUUCGGAGAAGAUUCGAAUAACGCUCGUUGGACAACAAAACAGCAGUCGUUGCCCGUUGUAGAUCAAUCGAACAUGUAUUAUUUGAAUCAACAGAGGUAUCAACAACAGCAAAUGUAUACGAUGCAGUUACAACAGCAUUUUCACCAGUUCCAAAUGCAGUUACAGCAGUGCCAGCCGUCGUCUUUUCAACCGACGACACAACCCCCUCUAACACCGAAAUCAAUGCCACAACGCACAAUAUCAUCGGGCGUACCGAUUACCUCCGACUUUUCUAUGCACGAGCAGCAAUCCCCGCAUUACUCUAUUGCUUCUCAGCCUCUUUUGACGCCUUUUUCGAAUGCCUCGCCUUCGGAAUCGUCUGAACAAACUGGAUAUAGCGUCCCGCAAAAUCGACAAGACUGUCUCCGCGUCGACCUGAAUAAUCACGCCGCGAGCCGCCCCGUUUCAUCGUCGACCGCUUCUCCUCAACCUUGGCCAUCUACGGCUUUCGACCGAGUCGUGGUAUCCAAUCGCGGCGAAUCCCAGCAGCUAGACGGCAGCGACUCGGCAAUUGUUACCUCUUGUGAGGGUCGUACCCUGUUUUCAAGGGCUCAAGUCACUGGCGAUUCAAACUCGUCUCUCAACGCAGAAAAGCCGCUCGGAGGCCGAACUAACGAGCCACAACGCGACGAAUUGCUUCCAUCCUCUCCAAAUAGCGCAACUGGAAAGACAAACGACCAUUCCUCCGACCGACGUUAUCUACCUCUACCCGUCAAGAAUCUUACUAGGUCUGUCGCGUCCUCCGACUCGUCUCAUUCCUCCGAAACUGUUCAUGCUCCCAUGGAGCAACCUCUACCCAAGGCCAAGCCGCCCUCCUUGUACGAGAUACAGCAGGAAGAACUCAGGCGCAAAAAAGUCGAAGCAGCGCUUCAAGAAGCCAAGAAAUCACAAAAGCCUCCCUCUCAGCAGCUGCCAAAACAGUCGCAUGCAACCUGGAACUUGCCAGAUACCGUCUCCGGAGGCGCCUCUGAAUCGACCACCAAAGUCAAAUCCAAGUCGCUUCGAGAAAUCCAAGAAGAAGAGCAGAGAGCUAUUGCCGAGUUAGAAAAACAAAUGGAAGCUACCAAAAUCAAGGGGCCUACUCACAGCAGCGGGUUCCAAGGGUGGAACAAGGUCUCUUCUGCAACUCCGGCGCAAGAUGAAAAAAAUGGUAUUUACUUUUCAAGCAGCGAUUUUCCUUCUUUGAAAUCUGCUAUGUCCAAACAAUCUACCACGCCGCCCACCCACAAGCAAAUGCCAACGACUUGGAGUAGCGUGGCGGCGUCCGGCGGGAAGCUCAAAAAGCAGCCUGCGAAGACCAAGACGUCACCUGUCGAGGGAUUCUGGGAUUACGAGAGCUGAAAAACUGAAGGGCACAAAAUGUGUGUAAAGGGGUUACAACACAAAGAACAGCGAAGACCAUCCGUCCGCGCAGAUAAGGCGACGAUUGCACCAAUUGCCAUGCUUUCCUUUAAUCGGUCCCUGCCUCCUGUCAGAGGUACAGAAGGGGGCUGUAUCUACACUACUCACCUAUAUCACGUUCAAAAUAGAAGAAUCAACAAUUUCACGAAAACCCAAA